CGAUUCGGAGUAUGUCGAGUACCACGGCUCUAGGGAAGGGAUACGAAGGAAAUGGAGAAAAAGGAAAGAAGGCGCCUGCCAUCCCGAGACCGAGUUCGAGCGUCCUCUUGAUAUCACCCGAGAACCAUAUCCUCCUCUUGCGUCGAGUACAGACUUCGUCAUCUUUCGCUUCUGCACAUGUCUUUCCUGGCGGCAACAUAUCCUCUUUCCACGAUGGUGACCCACCUCCUCCCGAAGAUGCUGCUCGCCACCAUGAUAGCGACAUCUACCGCAUGGCUGCUGUACGCGAGACGUUCGAGGAGAGUGGUAUCUUGCUAGCGAGGACAAAAGAUGGAAGACUAUUGGAGGUAGACGAGGAAGAGAGGACGAAAGUCAGGAAGCUCGUGCAUGGAGAUAAGAUCAAGUUUGAAGACUGGCUUGAUGAGAAGAGCGCAAAGGCUGAUNNCUUGGGACAUGCUAACAUUCGAGCAGAAAACCUCAUCCCUUUCACACGCUGGAUCACUCCUACCAAUCUACCCACACGCUUCACGACUCAGAUGUACAUCUACCUUCUGCCUCUCAGCACCACACCAAAGAACUUGCCUUCCUCAUCUUCCAACGCCGAAGAGGAUGAACCAGAGACCAUGAUCCCUGUGCCCACUCACGACGGCGGUCUCGAACACACUGCUGCUCGCUUCCUUCCAGCAGCGACUUGGCUACGUCUAGCCCGCGCCUCUCGUAUCGUUCUCUUCCCUCCCCAAUUCUUCCUCAUGUACUUACUCUCACCCUUCCUCUGUCCCUCUGGCGAUGUCGGUAAAGAGGCUCCGGUGCCAGACUCUGCAACACUACAGAAGCAAAGAGAUCAAGUGCUCAACUUUGUCAAAGAAGGAAACUGGGGCGAGAAGUGUAUCUCUCCAACAGUGUUGGGAGGUAAGAAAAGAGAGGAUGGGAGAGUAGUGCUGGGCCUUGACAAGCCUGGUGCUGAAGCCGAACCUGAGGGGAGGAAGGGCGAUAGUGAGAGAGUUGUGCUGGUUGAGUUCAAGAAAGAAGGACCUAGGAGAGUGGAAGUUGGUUGGAGGAAGGAUAUACUGGCUGAAGGGCGAGAGACCAAGUUG